AUACCACACACAUCGCAAAAAAUAUGUGAAUCUUAAGAGGAAAUACUUUCCACAAGAUUUAAAAGAUUCCACUUUCACACUAUCUGGUCAAAGUAGGAUGUCCAUUUCUCCAGAGGCUCCUCCAGGAACUCCAGAGUGGCUGGGCCAGUUCUCUGCACUCGGAGCGAGCAGAAGAACAACAUGACAGACCCUGAAGCUGUCUCCUCCCAGCAGAACGGUGCCGACCCGGCCGCUGAGUGUGAGCAGACACACACUGAUUCUGGCGAGCAGCAGAAAGCGGCGGCGGCAGAAGAAAGCAUUUCUGAAGUCGUGGAAGAAGACGAAGUGACAGAAGAACCUUUGGGUCCAGAUGACAUGGUGUGUGAUUCCUGCAUCGAGAGCCCCUGCAGGGCCAUCAAGUCCUGCCUCACCUGUCUGGUGUCCUACUGUGAGGCCCACCUCCGGCCUCACCUGGAGAACCCAAAGUUCCAGAACCACCGGCUGGUGGAUCCGCUCCGGGACAUCGAGAGGAGGACCUGCGAGGUCCACAAGUGGCCCCUGGAACUCUUCUGUUACGCCGACGACUGCUGCUUGUGUCAGGACUGCGUGGACGAGGAGCACAGGGGCCACAACACCGUCGCCGUGGUCGAGGCUCGCCGCCGGGUCGAGAGGGAGCUGAAAGACAAGCGCAGCGAGAUGACCAAGACGGUGACGGCGGCGGAGAACGCCAUCAACAAGCUGCAGCUCAACACCGUCUCCAUCGAGCAUUCGGUGACGGAGGUGCGGGCCGCCAUGGAGGAUCAGUUUGAGAGGCUGCGGGCGGCGGUGGAGAAGGCCAAGCGUGACGUGACGGACAUCCUGGAGGGCGAGGAGAAGCAGGCUCUGAGGCAGGCUGACGGCAUCAAGGUGCACCUGGAGCAAAGGUGCGGCGAGCUGAAGAAGACUCAGGCGCAGGUGGAGAAGCUCUCCAGGAACAAGAACGACGUGGACUUCCUACAGGAAUACUCUGAGUGGAAGAAGGAGGCGUCGGACAUUUCUCUGCCAGGCGUCUACAUCGGCCUGAUGGACCGCCUGCACUCCUUCAGCCGUGUGAUUGAGGACGCCACACAGGAGCUGUGUGCCAUGCUGGACACCUCCUAUGUGGACAAGAUCAAGCACACCUGCAACACAGAUAAGAUGGGCAUCAAGACGACGGUGCAGGCCAUGGUGGCGUCCAAACACAACAUGACCCUCCCUGACCCCGUGACCCGGGAGGACUUCCUCAAGUACGGCGCCCAGGUGAGCUUUGACGGGGACACGGCUCACGUCUUCCUGCGUCUGACCGAAGACAACCGCAAGGUGACCAACACCACGCCCUGGCAGCACCCGUACCCCGACCUGCCCGAGCGCUUUGACGGCUGGCGCCAGGUGCUGGCGGCCGAGAGCUUCUACCUGGGCCGCCAUUACUUUGAGGCGGACAUCAGCGGCGAGGGCACGCACCUGGGCCUGACCUACAAGAGCAUCGAGCGCAAAGGUGAGGAGAGCAACGGCUGCAUCGCCGCCAACAACUUCUCCUGGUGCCUCCAGUGGAACGGACGCAGCUUCUCCGCCUGGCACAGCGGCGUGGAGACGCCCCUCAGCGUGGGCAAGUUCACGCGCCUCGGCGUCUACGUGGACUCGCCCAAGGGCCUCCUGGGCUUCUACGGCGUGGACCACGUCAUGACGCUCAUCCACAGCUACCACGCCGACUUCCUGGAGCCGCUCUAUCCCGCCUUCUGGUUGUCCAAGAAGGAGAACGUGGUGGCUUUGGUGGCGCCUGGCGAGCCCUUGCCUCUCAAGAGCCCCUCCCCUCCCACCUCGCCCACCAAUGGCGUUCCUCUGCCCUGAACACCUGUGCACUCAUCACCACACAGUUACACAAAUCACAUCCAUCCACGGGCCA